AUGGACUGCCCCCUCGAUGCGACAUGGGGCCCUUGGGCUGGGCCUUCCUGCCGUGGCGGCCUCGACUUUACCGUCUCGUUCGAAGAAUCCAUAUUGUCCAUCUUGCCCACAGCGCUGCUCAUUCUCGCAGCAGCACUCCAAGUGGCCUUCCUCUUCGGUCGGCCGAGACAAGCAAGCAAUGGAGUUCUUCUCCCCUGGAAACAGGGCUUAAUCGCCGCCUUGGGUCUUCUCAAACUGGCUAUUCUGAUGCUUUGGGCGCUGCCGGGCACCACCGCUCCCAGGACGAGACUGACCUUGGCGGCCGCAGCGCUGAACUUUGUCGCUGUUUUCCCGCUGUCUGUCCUCAGUUACUUUGAACAUGUGUUCCGUGUGGCUCCCAGCUUCAUCCUCGAACUUUAUCUGCUGGUCACAGUUCUCUUCGAUGUUGUCCGCGCCCGGACGCUCUGGUUGAUGCCCACUUGGGCUCAUACGCAGCUCGCUGCGGCCGAGACAGCCACAUUGGCUGUCAAGGUGCUGUUAGCCAUUGCCGAGGCGGCAAGGAAGGAUCAGCUCAUUUUCCCGCGAGCCAGAGAGAAGUACACCACUGAACAACUGGCUGGACUCUACGGCCGGUCAAUGUUCUUCUGGCUGGGUCCGACGCUCUGGAACGGCUUCUCUAGGUACCUCGUCCCAUCGGACUUGUCUGGUCCUCGCGAUGACGAGUCUGCGGAGCUGCUGCGAGAGCGCUUCCGUGGCCAUUGGGCGCGAAACGCCAACAAAUCCGCCGGAUCCGCCUUGCUAUCAACGCUAUUCAAGUCUAUGCCGGCCAAGUUUCUUAUCCCGAUCAUUCCCCGCGCCAUCAUCGUAGCUCUCACCCUCACGCAGCCUAUGCUGCUGGAGCGCAUCAUCACGUUCGUCCAGGGUGGCGGCUACGAGCAGCGUAUAGAUGUUGGACACGCGUUGAUUGGCGCUUUUGCGGUGCUCUACACACUCAUGGCCCUCUUCAACGCGUGGUACGCCCAUGCCUGCAACAAGCUGGCGCUUGAGAUGCGCAGCCAGCUGGUGGACUCGUGCUACCGGCAGUUGCUGAAGAUGAGACUGGCUGCGCUCAACGCCGGGAACGCAGCUACACUCAUCAACGUGGAUAUGCAACAUAUUAUGGAAGGUAGCAAGAUCCUACACGAUAUAUGGGCCAGUCUCGUUACUGUUGCCGUUGCAGUUUAUCUAUUGUAUCGCAAGAUUCAACUUGCAUUUCUCGCACCGCUUCUUUGCACGCUGGUCAUGAUGAUCCUCGCUGGCAUUGCAAGUGCGCCCCUCGGGCCACGGCAGGUUGCCUGGCUCGCCGCAACCGAGAAGCGGGUCAAGUCUACCAUGUUCAUGAUAUCGGGCUUCAAAGAGGUUAAGAUGCUCGGUUUGUCGCCAGAAUACACCCAGGAAUUGCAGAAACUACGCAUGACAGAGGUCGAGCUCGGAAGGCGAUUUCGACGGAUCCUGUCCAUCAUCAUCACCCUUUCCGCUGCAUCAACCGAGCUUUCGAUCUUGGUUGCCUAUGGUGGCUUCGCGAUCGUCAGCAAAAUCUACGGCACCCCGCUCACCUUCCAAACCCUCUUUGCCUCCCUGGCUCUCCUCCGCAUAUCCCUCGAUCCUCUCUUUCUCCUAAUCCAGGGAACACCCGCCCUCGUUUCCAUGUUCAAGUGUCUGGGGCGAGUGCAGGACUUGCUGAACGAAGAACGAGUGGUCGGCUACGGCAACAGUUCCUUUGCCAGUUCAGAGGCAUCCUCCCAGAGCUCAUUUAGCCUCAAGCGUGAGCAAAGGGUAACCAUGAAUCAGUUCCAUUCCUUCUUCCCUCAGGGUCCGGUUCUGCGAGAUCUUUGCCCUCGGUACAGCACGAUGGCUGGGCUGGUUGAGAUCUCGGAUGCCUCUUUCUGUUGGAAGGUCAGCGAAGCGCCUGCGCUGUACGUCAUGUCAUUGACCAUUCAGCCGAAUUCGUUUACCGCCGUUAUUGGACCCGUUGGUUCUGGAAAGUCCACCCUCCUCAAGGCCAUUCUUGGCGAGAUUGAGAACGUCUCCGGCACCCGGCAGAUUCGGCGGGGUGUCAAAGUAGCCUUCUGCGACCAAGAGCCCUGGCUGCUUGAUCUAAGCGUUAAGGAAAACAUCGUCGGCACCGGGCCCUUUGACCCAGAUUGGUAUAACCGGGUAAUCGAUGCAUGUGCUCUGGCUCAAGACAUCGCUGGCUUGGGAGAGGGAGACAAGACCGGAGUUGGAAGUGGUGGAUCGGCGUUGAGUGGGGGACAGAAGGAUCGUGUGGCACUUGCCCGCGCCGUCUACAGCAAGCCAGACCUCCUCCUAAUGGACGACAUCUUCAGCGGUCUUGACCGCAAAUCAGCGACCCACAUCUUCUCAGCAAUUCUCUCCGAGAACGGUCUCCUCGCCAAACUGAACUGCGCGGCCGUGUUGGUCACGCACUCUACCCAACUCCUUCCCCGGUUUGACACGAUUCUCGUCGUCAACAACGGCAUGAUCAAGCACCAGGGUACCCACGACGAGCUCCUCAGCAGCGGUGCUCUUGAUGACUCGGUCCUUUCCCGCGUGGCGGCGCCAAAGGCGGUUAGCAGCGCAGCGGAUUCCGUCGAGGUCAUGAGCGACGGCAGGGUUGUGCUCAAGAAUGUCCCAUUGGACAAGAGAGAGAUCGACGAAAGUCGCGCGCCGUCGGAGUGGGGUGUCUACGGGUACUUCCUCAAGUCGUGUGGUGUUGCCGGAAUCUCGUUGUUCUUUGUGUUGGCGGCCGUCUUGGCUGGUGGGAGGUCGUUUGAGACUGUUUGGCUCAAGAUGUGGGCGGAGAGCGACCAAAAGUCCCUGGCGUACUAUAUCGGCAUCUUCACCGGUCUAAUCGUCGGAGGCGUUUCUCUUCUAGGUGGGAUCUGCGUGUUCUUUUUCGACGUCCUCCUCCCGUCAUCAUCCCUAAGAUUGUACCUUGGGCAACUGGAAACCUUGAUGAAGGCGUCCAUCACCUACGUCGUUUCUGUGGGGUCCAACACGAUCGCGAACAGGUUCAUCCAAGACAUCUUGCUCAUCGACGAUGAGCUACCCAUGGCACUGGUCAACACCACGACCUCUUUCUUCGGUGUCUGCGCUGAGACUAUCAUCGUCAUGAUAUCCUCCAGAUACGUGUCUAUCUCCAUUCCCAUCCUCAUCGGCAUGCUCUGGGUCAUCCAGAAGUUCUAUCUUAGAACAUCGAAACAGCUUCGUCUCAUGGAUAUCGAAGCCAAAGCCCCGCUCUCUGCUUUCUUGUUGGAGACCAUCAACGGCAUCGUGUCCAUCAGAGCGUUCGGCCGUACUGGGGAAUUCUCCCUCCGAAACCAGGAGCUGUUGAACUAUUCGCAGCGAGCGCACUACAUGCUGGUAUCAGUCCAGGUCUGGCUCAAGAUGAUUCUGGACUUUGUGGUCACGCUCCUAGCGAUUCUUGUUACCACGCUGGCCGUCACGUUCAGGUCGUCGCAGUCGCUCGGCUUCCUAGGUCUGGCGUUAGUGAACUUGAUCUCGCUCAGCACCAGCUUCAAAUACCUCAUCACUUUCUGGGCCAAUCUUGAGACGUCCAUCGGCGCCGUGGCGCGCAUCAGACGCUUCAACAAGGAAGUGGAGCAUGAGGAGAAGCAACCCCUUCCCUCUCCUUAUCCCAACUGGCCGAGUCGAGGAGGGAUUCAGCUUCAGCAUGUCUCAUCUUCGUACAGCCCGCAACUGCCCCCCGCCGUCUACGACGUUAGCUUGUACAUCGCCCCUGGAACGAAGGUUGCCAUCUGUGGUCGCAGUGGAAGCGGCAAAUCGUCGCUCCUUGCCACCCUCCUACGUUGCCUUGACCUAAACUCGGGCAGCGUCACCAUCGACGGCCAGGACAUCAGCCGUAUCUCCCGCGACGCCCUGCGUAAACGCAUCAUGACGCUCCCGCAAAAGUCCUUCUUCAUCCACGGCUCAAUCCGCGCCAACAUGCUCAUGUGGGACGACGCGGUCAGCCCGUCGUGCACGCCAGAAGAAACCGAUGCGCUCAUCGAGUCCUAUCUGCGCAAGGUCGGCAUCUGGGACGCGCUCUUUGCCCGCAAGUCCUCCGGUUCCUCUUCCUCCUCUUCGAUUCGCGGGUUUUCCACCUCGUCCAUCGCUGAGGUCACUGAGCUCCCGCCUGCCACCAAGGCUUCCGCCGCCAAGGAAAACAAAAAGAACAAGAAGAAGGCCAAGAAGUCGUCUAAGACUGACGACAGCGAGUCAGACCCAAAAGAAAACAAGAACAAGCAGGAAGAGGAGCCCGUCACGCUCGACAGCCCGCUCAACCCCGAAGAGCGCCUGUCCAUGGGUCAGCAGCAACUGUUCUGCCUGGCCCGUGCCCUCUUUCAACGCGGCGACUCGCAGAUUGUGCUCAUGGACGAGUUCACCAGUAGCAUGGACCACGAGACCGAGAUGCUGGUGCGGGAGAUUGUGGCGCGGGACUUGCAGGGCAAGACGGUCAUUGAGGUGCUGCAUCGACUGGAGCAUAUCCUGGACUUUGAUUUGGUUGUUGUGCUGGAGAAAGGGAGGGUUGUUGAGGCGGGGCAUCCGGAGGAGUUGCUUCAGGAUGAGGAUGGGGUGUUGCGGGAUUUGUAUCAGAGUAUGAGGGGGUAGGGUACGUGGCGAGCGGUAGCUGCGAAUGUCAUUGUGCUGCAGAGCGGAUGACGGUGAGUAGUUAGCUAGUCAUCUCUUGUGUCACGGAUGGCUGUUUCUAGGUAAUCUAUCAGCGUUAGCAUGUUAAGCCGACAGACGGUGAGAC